CCUCCCUCUCUCUCUCCCUGCCGGCUGGGUGCUGAAGUUGAGCGGAUGGCAUCAAAGCAGCUCCGUUAGAGACCAGCUGCACCAGCCUUUCCCUGGGAUCGUUCAGUGCCAAGCACACCCAUCCAGGCGGGGCCACUGGGGUACUGAAGUAGCUGAAAUGAGAAAAAGGCAACAGUCACAAAAUGAAGGAACAUCUGCUGUUUCUCAAGCACCUGGAAACCAAAGGCCCAACAACACAUGUUGCUUCUGCUGGUGUUGUUGUUGCAGCUGCUCAUGCCUCACUGUUAGGAAUGAAGAAAGAGGGGACAAUACAGGAAGGCCAACCCACACAACCAAAAUGGAGAGCAUCCAGGUCAUAGAAGAGUGCCAAAACCCUACUGCAGAUGAAAUUUUGUCCUGGGCUCAAAAUUUUGACAAGAUGAUGAAAACACCUGCUGGUAGGAAUAUUUUCAGAGAAUUUCUUCGAACAGAGUACAGUGAGGAGAACCUGCUGUUCUGGCUUGCAUGUGAAGACCUGAAGAUGGAACAGAACAAAGAAGUGAUUGAAGAAAAAGCAAGGAUUAUAUAUGAAGACUAUAUUUCAAUACUUUCACCAAAAGAGGUUAGUUUGGACUCACGGGUGCGAGAAGUGAUCAACAGGAAUUUGUUGGAUCCUAAUCCUCAUAUGUAUGAAGAUGCUCAGCUUCAGAUCUACACAUUAAUGCACAGAGACUCUUUCCCAAGGUUUUUGAACUCUCAGAUUUAUAAGGCUCUUGUUGAAAGUACUAUGGGCUCCACAUCUGAAACUUAGGUCUCAUUUUUGGGGGUUGAAAUCUUGAUUUAGCUUUUUUUGGGGGGAGGACUAUUAGGAUGAAGACAGACAUGAGAUUUUAAGAACAGCGGGGCUGCUCUGGAAGUGCCCUCACUCUGUUCAGUCCAAACACACCAUUCCUCUCCAGGGACAAGCUCUGUAUAAACCAGUUCUGCAUCUCUGAAGCAGAAGAUGGCUGCACACACGGUGCUGACUUGCUGCCUCCCCCUAUGAUGUCACCAAGAAACCCCCCUCCCCAAACAGUGGAGCAGUUUUUGCACUUUAAAAAAAAUGUUUCUUUUUAAAUUAAGUAGGUGACAAAGGAACAGAUAAAAUGCAUGGACAUUAAUGCCUCAUUUGUAAAAAUAAAAUAAAAUAAAAUAAAAUAGUGGACUGCCCACCUGCAGCAUGGGGGGAGGGGCAAGACUGAUAGCUGUGCCAGUGUUUGAUUUGCUGGCAUACAUGUCUGUCAGUUCAGUGGUUAAGCCUAGAGGAAGUGAGGCUCACCUCACAGCUGAAAGAUGUGCUGUGAGCCCUCUUUUUAUAUUACACCUGUCUUCACCUUAGUAGUUUAAUAACAUCUGGAACUGAGUUCCUGGAGAACUACAGUUUAGCACUACUCAGGCUACUGUGAAGAAAACAAAUAUACAUAAUGGUGUUUGUCUACAUUUUACCAAGGUCUUGAGUGUGGAAGGGGGGAAAUGGAUCUGCCAAAUCAUAUUUCUUUCGUGCACCUUUCACAACUGCCGUCAAGAUUGCAAUGACAUACUUGUUUUAUAAAGAGUUUCCUUGUGUAUCCUCAUACUGCAUGUGCAAAGCAAGAAUGUUUCACUUGCCACUUAGUUGUUGCAAUAUUUAAUCCAACAACAUAAAUUAUAUCUAUAUUAAAAAAAAAACAUUUUGUGCAAUAUAAAUCAUGGGAGCGAGCAAGAAAGUAACUUGCAUAUUUAAAGAUAUGCUGACACUGAAGGAAGCUAGUCCUUAGGUGUAGCAAUAUUAUUCCAAAUGCUCUGUGGAAUGAAAUUCAUUGUUAUGUCAAACCGACAAACUUUCUGUAUAAGAGAAAGAGAGUUAUUUAUCACCAUUUAUUUAAAAUUCAAAACAGGGGAUUCCUCUGGCUGUUGUUGACUGCCAAAACAAUGGCAUUUUUGUUAAAGAGUUUGAAAUGUCAAAAACCCAACAAAAAAGCACAAACCAUACAAUGGGAUCCAGGUUGGGAUGACAUAGUCUAUACGCUGACAUUGUUUUUAUUGUUUUAAGAACAGAGGAUCUAUGUACAUUUAAGAUGUCAGAUUCUGUAACUGAUUUAUUAAAGACUGGCUAUCCAGUAAUCUAAUACUGUUGUGUAAUGUUAUAUAAUUCAGCAAAAAAAAAAAAAGCCAAACAAAAA